GAAAUUUUUGUUGACAGUUACGUAAAAAAUGUACAGGUUAAGGUUAACUGUUUCGUACUCUGCGAUUAUAUGGUAGCAGAUGGCACUAGUGUGAAUAUUCCAUCGAGAAGUAUCUUUAAAAUUUGUUGAAAACUGUGACAAAAUCCCCCCAAAAAACGUAAACUAUGUCUUCUUUAAAUGAUGGGAACGAUAUUUAUUCGCAGAAUUAUGAAAACUCCAGCCGUGUAACAGGUAAUUUUAAACCGUUCUCGUCUCCGUAUCUAAAUUAUGACCCUGGAUAUAUUCCACAAAGUCAGCCGGAAUUUAUUUUCUUGGAUGGCGCCAGUAAACAGAGAGGAAGAUUUGAACUUGCAUUUGGCCAAAUUGGUGGAUCAUGUAUGAUCGGUGCAACAUUAGGGGGAGCUACUGGAUUUUACAAUGGAUUAAAAGCAACUACAUUAGCUGGUCAAACGGGAAAGCUAAGACGAACACAAAUGUUAAAUCAUAUUAUGAAAAAAGGAAGUGCUACAGCAAAUACAUGUGGUUCGGUAGCUGUGAUAUAUUCAGCAUUUGGUGUGUUUUUAUCAUGGGCCAGAGGGACAGAUGAUGACCUCAAUACAAUUAUUGCUGCAACAGCUACAGGAUGUUUAUAUAAAUCAACAGCUGGACUUAAAAGAUGUGGCUUAGGAGGAGCAAUAGGUUUUGGAGUGUCUGCAUUAUACGCUCUUUGGAAUUCUAGGGAUAAAUUAACAGAUUUACGACAGUUUAAUCCAGCGCAAAGGUAGAGCUGUGAGAAGGAGACAAGUGGUGUUCCCUGGAACUGUAGAUUACGAUGAUUUUAAUUGAAUUCCUACGUGAUGUAAAUAUAUUUUUAAAAUUUAAUGUUAAUCUAUAGACAAUGUACAAGAAUAAAAUUUUAAUAAAUCCUAAGUUAUUCUUAGCAAU